AUGGACGCGUUUCACUCGAAAUUUUUUACGAAAUUUUCCACCACUUUGAAGACAAUUUCAAGCAACUAUUUUCAUGCGUACAAGUUAAUCAUUAAUGAAGUAGAAAUUAUUGUGGAGCAAACCAGAGGGCAUAAUUUUCGAAAUAAGCUCUAUUAUUCUAAAGCUCAAAUUUAUGAGGCAGCCGUUAGAGAGAUCUAUACCUAUUGUAAGGUCAUAUUUAUGGAUAGAGUGGUACAAUCCUUUGAAAUGGCGCGAAACGCAAAAGAAGGAAUAUCAGUAUUAAAAACGACCAUGAUAGUAAAGUCUCAUUGGAGGCUCAUUAAACACAAUUAUCUCCAUAAGUUCAAUAAGCCUCGUGUCGACUUAUUAAUGUGGGUUCUUGCAGAACGUUUAAUUCCACGAUAUUCGAUCAAAUUUCAACGGCUGUAG